AUGCAAAUCUGGGCUAUGAUGGUGCGUUACGAGAUCUGGUUCUCAAAUAGAACAAGAUCUGGUAUUUCAUCAAUUUUGGUGUUUGUCCUAGUGAAUUUGUAUCAGUCGUGGGGCGCUCGGAGGCGUGGAGGUUUUGGACGGCGGCUUGGUUGGGAGCGAGCUGACCGCCCAUGUCUUGAGCGCGCAGGCGGCUGCUCAUGCCGCCGCCACGGCCGCUGCGGCGGCCCACCAGCAGCACCAACAACAGCAAAUUGCUGUUCAACAGAUAAAAACCUCUCCAUCUUCAGGCCGCUCGUCGCCCGCGCCCGCCCCCCCAGCCUCCACUCCCCCUCGCCCAGCAAGCUGUUUGUGGGAGGCCUCAGCUGGCAGACCAGCUCGGAGAAGCUCCGGGAGUACUUUGCCAUGUUCGGGGCGGUCACCGAUGUGCUCAUCAUGAAGGACCCCGUGACACAGCGUUCGCGCGGCUUCGGCUUCAUCACGUUCCAGGAGGCCGCCUCCGUGGACAAGGUGCUCGCCGUGCCCGUGCACACCCUCGACGGCAAGCGCAUCGACCCCAAGCACGCCACGCCCAAGUCCGCCCCGCGCCCCGCCAAGACCAAGAAGAUCUUCGUCGGCGGCGUCGGCCAGGACACCUCCGCCGACGAGGUCCGCGCCUACUUCGCGCAGUUCGGCCACGUGGAGGACGCCGUCAUGCUCAUGGACCAGCAGACCAAACGCCACCGCGGAUUCGGGUUCGUAACUUUCCAUUCCGAGGAAGCGGUCGAGCGCGUCUGCGACAUACACUUCCACACGAUAAAGAAUAAGAAGGUGGAGUGCAAGCGCGCGCAGCCGAAGGAGGCGGUCGCGGCCGCGCCGCUGGCGCUCGGCAAGCGGCUGGUGCUGCGCCCCGGGCGCGGGCUGGUGUACGCGACGGGCGGCGUGGGCGCGGUGCCGGCGGUGGGCGCGGCGCACGCGUACCGCUACGCGCCCUACGCGCUGCCCGCCGCCGCCGGCGCCGCCGCGCUCGUGGCGCCGCCGCAGCCCGCGCCGCCGCCCGCCAUGCCGCAGUUCGGCGCCGCCUACUCGCUGGCCGGCGUCGACAUGUCCUCCUUCCAGAGCGUCGACUGGGGCGCCAUGUACGGCCUCCCCAUGUACAUCUAAACGGUAACGCGGCUAACGAAUCGAAAACCCCACCCGCCUACAGAGGUUAGGUAUUUUAUUUCUUAUACGAUAGUUCCUACGUUUUUAGUACGUCGUAUUUUGUCUUGCCGGAGCGGCCACGGAUCAGUAUUCUUUAAAGUAAUUAAGGUUUACGGCUCAUAUACUUAGGUUAAGUCUUUACUCGACGAGCAAUACUUGGCCCGAUGCGGGAACUAUAUCAAAGAAUACGCAUUUCGUUUUUUUUUUAAAGUUAAGUAAGAGGAUCUCAGAUAUUUUAGUUUGCGGACUAAUUUUUCUUUAUGUGUUGGAUUUGUAGUGUAGUGCACGGUCGUUGGCAAUAUGACUAUUUAUACUUGACGAAUGUAUAUUGAUGAAUCUCAUGCAGCUCUGUAUAUCUCUUUAGGCCGCGUCGGUCGCCCGGUGACGGAACGCCAUUUCGUAAAUUGAUUAUCUAAAUACAUCACAAGUAUCAGUAUUAUAUUUUCGUGCCAUUCUCGCAGAAUACAAAAUUGUGCCAAACUCUGCCAUGUCAUUUUCCGAACAACUGAGCGCUACCUUAUUUACUGAGCUAACAAUGGACGUCGAAAUAUUCUUUCAAUUUAUCUUGUAGAGAGUCCCACUUGAUAUAAUGGUCGCAAUCGAGCUUGACUAGCCAUCCUUCCAAGAAAUCUCUUAUUGUAAACGUCCAUUUCAUUGUCAAUAGCAAAAUAAAUGCCUAUAGAUAUAUAUCCAACCUUUUUAUGCCUCCUUUUAUAUUCCAAAAUUGUUCGAGGUUGUUAAAUGCCAUGUUUUCUUCAAAAUACGCUUGUCUUAAAUUUGACAAUUGUCACCUGACAAUUACAGUUUGUUUACGUAUCUAGAUUGACAAGCAGUAGUUCGGUGUAUCUCCCACUUGUCAAUCUAGAUAUGUAAAGUGAAUUUUCAUUGUCAUAAGACAAUUGUCAUGUUGGUAUAACAUAAAUCUAGCGCUCAGUUGCAACACAUAUUCCGUCAUUUGGCACCGACGAUCAUCAGCUCACAAUACUCUCGUACAUAUCUAACUGUGUGGAAAGCAAUCUCAUUACAUAUAUAUGUAUUACUUAUUUACGUAGCUAUAUACCUAUGUAGUCAACCUGUGUUGUAUCAGCGAACAUCACAUGCCUAACGCUGAUAUGGCAUUGGCUUAGUUUAAAUUAAAUACGUAUAGUAUUAGUUCAAGAUAUGCAACUAACACCCUGUCGUGACAAUAAGCUUAGAAUUAAGCCUGUAGAAUUGUCAUGGUCGCCCGUCUUUGCCUGCUUCAGUCCCACGUUUGGGCGCCGUGUUAACAGGCAGCUGAUCCAAUGUGGUAAUAAUAUUCUUUCCCAAAAGUUUGGAAUUAGUACGUAAAAAUAUAUAAAUAUAAGUUAUUAUACGAGGCAACUAAAAAGUAUUAAAUUGGUAUGAGUAGUGGAUGCUUGAGAAUCUCAUUAAUAUAUUUCAAAGGCAACUAAAUAAUUUUUAUAUAAAAAUAUGCGUAUUAUUACCACUGAUUUAUAUAUAGCUUUAUUUGGGCAGGGCCCACUCAAAAAAACUGCCAAAAUUAUUUAUUCCAGCGUACUUAAUUCACGUACUUAGAGUUAAAUUUAAAACAAAAAGCAAUAUGGUAGUAAAAUUGCAAUACUGUGAUUAAUAUAGUAUUAUUCGAAUAAAAGACGAUGAUGGUUGUGUUUGUGCAAUUUCUAGGUUUAGGCGGGGCGUGGUCUCAAUGAGGGGUACUUAACGGUUUUAUUUCGGCAGGCAAACUCGGGCGAUUUUGUGAUAAAUUUAUAAGAUAAUUCGAUCGAAAUACAGUGGUUUUACUUAAGGUAUGACUUAAAUUAAUUGUUAAUAACUUGCAGAAACCAGCCUAUUCAGUAUUUCUUAUUCCAAAAGUUAACAAAAAUAACACUGAAAUACCAAAAAUGUAAUUAUACAAACAUGACAAUUGUUAAAUGACGCUGACAAUAUAACAUUUUUUCCGAGACAUUUAAAUCUACAGGACUUGUCCUACCAGAAAUGUACCGGGUUAUCAUUGUCAAAUGACAAUUGACCGUGGCAAUUUAACACCUUUUUCUGAGACAUAAUUCCACAGUAAUCGCUCUUGAUUUCCCAGAAUAUACGGUAUUGUCAUUGUCAAAUGACAAAUGUCAAAUUACAAAGAGGGUAUUUAUUAAAGGCGGCGAUUUAUCUAAAACUAAUCAGGACACAUUCCUGCAAAACCACUCGACUUCGCUCGAAAUGUCUUAUACGAUUUAUCGAUAAAAUUCUCGGCAAACUUACGGCGUUUCCAUGGCAACAGAGAACAAAGCUAAGUACCUACUUACUAGAAGGUCGGCUAGUACGUCUUUCUACGUAAACAAUUUAGAACUAUUCAAAAGAUAGUGUCAUAUUGUAUAUGUAGCGAAAUUAUAUUCGUGUGAUUUACCCGUCUUGAAAAAUAAACUCGAUCUUGUCGUUUGAUGGAUAUGUUCCCUAUACUUUUAUAUGGCGCAGCCGGUAGGAUCCAUGUAAAAGUACAGGCAAGAUCGAGAAAUAACUCGUUCGUUUUUCAAGACUGUUAGAUUAGAUUAGAUUAUAUUUAUUUCUUGAUGAAAAUUACAUGUUAUUUUAACUUAAAAAUAGCACCAAUUCACAAAAAGAUCGUCACAACAUAAUUAUAAGAAAAUAAUUGAUACAAACAAUAAUAAUCAUCAAAUUAAAAAGUAAACCAAUAAUAUGUCAUAAUAAAGCAAUUAAAUAAAAAAAUAAAAUUACAUUAGUAAUGUCCAAAAAAUAAAUGUUUGUAUAUAGUACUAGGGCUUCCUAGUGAAUAUAAUGUCAAACGUCAUAAGUGCUAAAAACAAUGUCAAGAAUCAAAGAUAAUAAUAAUAAAAUAAAAAAAGCAAUUUUAUCAAUGUCCAUUAAUAUUUGUACAUUUCAAUGUACUCUUUAACUGAAUACAGUGGUGUCGAUAGUAAAAGUUAUUUUAAUUGGUGACUAAAUAUGUCGUCGGAGGUUACAUUUCUGAUACUGGCGGGUAGGCGUUCAUAAAGUGAUGGACCUAUUACUCGCAGGUUCUUGUCGAGAAGCGCUAGUCGGCGCGGCACGGGCAGUAAUCGCGUUUGACGGGUUAUUCCGCCAAGCAUAUAUAUAUAGAUCACACCAUUACAGUCUCGCCACAUACCCAUAUAAUAUGACAACAGGUACUCACUAUGUGUAGCUAAAAAAUUAUGACAUUAUCAUCUAGCCCACGCCUUCAGUUAUUAGCCCAGCUAAAACGUAUUGAUCGUUCACUAAGCUUAAUUCUCCGUGGCCAUGGAAAGUCUUUCAUAUCUAGUCCUGAAAUACGGAGCUGAAUACAAUACCACGUUUCUUAGUGGAACUUGAAGAUUAUCUUAAGAGGAAAGACGACCACUUAUCUCUACAAUUGCCUCUCUGGAUAUUAAUCAAUAUGGAAAUAUUGCUAUUGCCUUUCAAUUAGUUUAUUAAAAGCCUCUUUAUGCUCCGUGUCAUAAAUAAAUAUAUUACGUAAUUUGAAAUCUAUGCACACAGUGUUAAACUACAAAGUCUAAAAAAGAUUACGUCACCAGGCUUGACAGGGAGAAGAUACGAGUUUCCAAUAAUUUUAGCAAUUUUGUUUUCCCUCCUAAUUCAUAAAUUAAUGAUAAAUCAAUGAAAGCUUAAAAGAUACAAAGUUAUGAUAAAUGUAUUUUUAAUUGUCUUUCAACCAGAGAGAAUAUAGUAGACGUUUGUGGAGAGAACCGUCGUCCACUUUUGCCCUAAUGGCGUUUUCGUGUGGAUGACUUAUCUAAAUUAAUGAAGAUUCUGUGGUACUUAUCGCGACUUAGUUCAUGACUAUAUAUCCAAGUUUGUCGAGAUAGCAGAAUGCAUGUCGUAGCGUAGACGGCUGUAUCUUUCUGCCGGAUCGGUGGCCUGAUUUGUGAACUUUUUAUUUAUUUGACUUUUCAAUACAAGCUUUUCAUUUAGUUAUCUAAUAAAAUAUAAUGGCCAAUUGGGCUUUAACAAUAGUCCUUGAAUGUAAAAGCUUGUACGAAGUUGAUUUAGAGGUUAUGUAUAGAUAUAGAGAUUGUAUUUAUUUUAUUUUAUUUACAUCCACUAGAUUUCUUCACAUAUCAGGCUCACUGAAUGCUAUUAUCACAUGUAUACACAUACCUAUCCUUAUUAUUUAGCAGUAUUCUUAGUAUAAUUAGGCUAGAACCUCCUGAGAUUAAUGACGCGCUGUUUCCUUCUGGCCAAUACUUUUUACAAUAGACAUUGCCCCUGAACUUUAUGUAUAGAUUACAAAGUUCAGACUUUACAUGAAGAGGUAAAUAUGGAGCCUCAGCGUUGAGCAUUUUCCGCGUAUCGAGUGAACGUGUUGGUCACGACGAAACGGCCCGACUCUCACCCAGUGACACCUUUUGUAUAUUAGCAUUACUUUCCUGAAAUUCUCAGUAUUAGAUGGUUGAUAUUAUUGUGAUGUCCUACACUCUUAGUAACCCUUGACCGCUUGCUGUCUUGCCAAAACUUAGAAGCGGUGGCCUUAGUUUUGAACUGUGUACUUAAUAUUUUCUUAAUAUAUAUCUCCUUUUUUAAAUAUCACCACUCACCAGUCGUGAUGUUUGAAAAGUCUUAACAAAUUAUUUAUAUUUUUUUCUAAACACCUGUAAGUUACACUGGUAAAUGGUAUGUGCCGUCGGUCGCUGCUUUUGCAUUCGUUUGUUUUUGUUUGUCAGCGGCCGGCGGUGGUAGGCUAGCAGUAGUUAUUUUGUAUUUAGCGGAUUUAGAUUCUUGCCCGUACAUAACUGUAUGUAAUGGAGCACUUAGAGUACCCAAUGUGUCAUUACAUGGAUAAUAUUAGAACAAUAAA